CCUGAGCCAGGAGCGACGGCAGCUUCUACCAUUGCAGCCACAGACCCAGACCCCGACCGGGGCGCGGAGCCUCUUCAGCGGCGGCGCAGCAAGCAGGACUCUCCACGCUAACUUUCCCGGCGCGGCCCCGCCAGCUUUGGGAGCCCCAGGCGCGCACCUGCCAACUCUCCGCCUCCUGCACCUGCCGGUCGCGAGAAGUGCGGGCGCCCGAGCGAGCCAUGGCCAACGCGGGACUGCAGUUACUGGGCUUCAUCCUGGCCUUCCUGGGCUGGAUCGGCGCCAUCGUCAGCACUGCCCUGCCCCAGUGGAAGAUUUACUCUUACGCCGGCGACAACAUCGUGACCGCCCAGGCGAUCUAUGAGGGGCUGUGGAUGUCCUGCGUGUCGCAGAGCACGGGGCAGAUCCAGUGCAAAGUCUUCGACUCCCUGCUGAAUCUGACCAGCACUUUGCAAGCAACCCGUGCUUUGAUGGUGGUUGGAAUCCUGCUGGGACUGAUAGCAAUUUUUGUGGCCACCAUUGGCAUGAAGUGUAUGAAAUGCCUGGAAGAUGAUGAGGUGCAGAAGAUGCGGAUGGCUGUCAUUGGGGGCGUGAUAUUUCUUAUUGCAGGUCUGGCUAUUUUAGUUGCCACAGCAUGGUAUGGCAAUAGAAUUGUUCAAGAAUUCUAUGACCCCAUGACCCCAGUCAAUGCCAGGUAUGAAUUUGGUCAGGCGCUCUUCACCGGCUGGGCUGCUGCUUCUCUCUGCCUUCUGGGAGGAGCCCUCCUCUGCUGCUGCUGUCCUGAAAAAACAACCUCUUACCCAACACCACGGCCCUAUCCAAAACCUACACCUUCCAGUGGGAAAGACUACGUGUGACACAGAGGCAAAAGAAGACAUGUUGAAACAAACAGAAAAUGGACAGUAAAAUCCUAUCAUUGCCAUUAGGACAUUAGAGUUCUAACUAUUGUAAUCUGAACUGUGGUAUUACAAAACACAAAGGUAUUGCCAGAAAUAAUGUAGUCUUAUUAUAUCUUCUUUCCUCAACAUAAGAGGAAAGUCUUGUCCAUGUGUAUUACUACUCCCUCCAUACUCAAGUGGCGGGAGGGUUUGCUUUUCAAAUAUAUAUAGAUAUGUACAUAUACAUGUUUUCUAUAAAAGAAAGAUAAUAAAGGACUCUUCUUGUUAUGUCGA